UCAACCCACACCAAGAUUAGCAACCACUCCUCUUAGUCUUACCAACAAAGAAAUAUUGUGAUCCCUGACCACGGAACAACACCCCUGAUCGACAACCCAUUCCACAUAUACUCAGCGCCCACACUUAGCGCUAGUAGCUAGGCGCUAUACCAACCAUGAGCGACCUGUUAACCUACAUUUCCAAGGUUAUGUGCAUCAAGGCAAGAUCGGAGGCAACACAGGCCGGCGAUGACGGCGGUUGCCCAGCGGAUGAGUGCCGCGUCUGCCUGUCAAAGAUUCGGCUCGCCGAGGCUACCCGGCGUCUGCCAUGUCGGCAUGUUUUCCACCGGGACUGCGUCGACCGAUGGCUCUUGUCCUGCAAGCGGACCUGUCCGCUCUGCCGAGUUUAUGUGACCGAUGGGAACAAGCAGCCGGUGGCGGCGAAGCACACCAGCCGUGAAGCACAGGCACUCGCCGACGACCUGGUGAUCUGGUUCUCCACCGUGCUCGUCCCCGGUUUCUGAUGCCAAAUCCCCUCUUUUGUUCGCUCGAUCGAAUGCUUGGUGUGUAUUCUUUUAUAUAUUUCAACACAUGUACGUACCUAUGUUAUACUUAUCGAUCUUUAGAACAGUUUUUAGAAAAUGUGUGUAUUGUAGCAUCUUGUUGGAUGAAUUUUAUUCGAACUUUUGCACUUGGAGCUGAUUACUGCAAAUAAGAAGUCCGAGAAAAUGUUGUCGGCAUUUAUUGUACUAUAUAUGGUGUUGUUUGUGUGUACAAAUGUUAGCAUAAAUGUAGUUUGUUGCACGAGUGUUCA